UAUUCAUUUCUUUGCCUUGCCAGUUAGGUUAGGUGACUUUAGUUAGGUUAAGUUAGUUUAGUUUGGUUAGUGUGAUUAGGUUUGGUUAAGUUAUGUUUGGUUAGGUUAGGUUAGGUAGUUUAGCUAGGUUAAAUUAGUUUGGUUAGGUUUUAUUUGGGUAGGUUAGGUUAAUUUAGUUAGGUUAGGUUAGUUUGUAGUGCUGAGAAAUUAAUUAUGUAUAUUUCUACUUUUUUUUCCUAGGCUAGGGCCCAUGUAGUGUGCGGGGGUGACCAGAAUCUCAGUACCAUGUGACUAACCCUCCCCCCUUCCCCUCCUCUCCUCAGUGUCCUUUUGUCCUUGCUUUCCCCCCCCCCUCUCAGCGUCACUGUGUUGACCACUUCUAUAACAAAUUUACCCCGUGAAUAAACGUAAUUUCUCCUGCUUGGCCAGGUUAUAGAGGUGAAUUUUUCACCUAAUCCCAGAGAAUGGGGAGCCCUUAAUACGAUAAAAUUAAUUCUAUAAUGGUAAGGUCUUAAACCAGCCCAAACAAAUCCCAGAUAAUUACGCCGCGCCAAUGAGGUUGACGAAUCUGAUAAGUCUUCUUUGCUUCGCUGCCCUGUUACCCCUGUUGCUACGCAAGCCGGGAAGAGAUACCAGACUUUGACUAAUUCCCCAAUUGAUUUCAAAAGUCCAUUGAAUUAAACUUCUUAAAGUAACAACUAUAAAGUAAACAGUAACUUAAUUAUUCAUAUUUUUCAUCCCUGAACUCACAACCUAGUCGCCCCCCCCCCACUAAAAACAAAAUUAUAACUUAAUAAAUUUCCCCAUUGGAAACCUUUAUCCUUAGUUUCCCGCCGAUUUCCUCACAAGCAAAGCCAGUCUCUCUCGGAUUCUCCUCAGGUGAGCAUGCAGUCUGAUAAUCUCCUCCUCCAUUUCCUGUAAUAUUAAUUUCCCGCCGAUUUCCUCACAAGCAAAGCCAGUCUCUCUCGGAUUCUCCUCAGACCCUCUUGGAUUCCCCUCAGAUAUUCCUGUUGAUAAACUAUUUCUGAGUGGAUAGAUAUUCGCAUUUUUUCGUUCUGUUUUUGUUGGUUUUCUCCACGGGACUAGUGAAACCACCUGGUUCGAGAUCACCGUGUGAGACUGUCCUCAGGUCUAUACAUACUUUUUGGGUAUAUAUUUGUUAUUUAUUUAUUUAUUCUCUGGUCUCCCCCACAACUCAGUAGUCGCGAAAAUAUCUCCAUCGUAGUUUUUAUGUAAUUGAAGAAUACGCUACCAUUUAUUUUGUAUUUCUGAAUUAUGUAACUGAAGAGUAAGCUAUCAUUUAUUUUGUAUUUCUGAAUUAUGUAAUUGAAGAAUACGCUACCAUUUAUUUUGUAUUUCUGAAUUGCUUUCUUUUUAUUAUUAUUAUUUCGGAUUAUUCCAUUAUUUAUUAAAAAUCAUAAAAGUGUCAGUACUUGUAUUUCUCUUAAUCCAGUGAUAGGAUUUGUAAUUAUCGUCUGCCACAAGGGAACAUCACACCCCUUAGAGGGCACUAAAAGUUAAGGUUAGGUUAAGUUAGGUUAGGUUAAGUUAGUUUGGUUAGGUUAAGUUAGUCUUGGUUAGGUUAGGUUAAGAUAGGUUUGGUUUGGUUAGGUUAGCUACUUUAGUUAGGUUAAGUUAGCUAGUUUGGUUAGGCCUGUAAGGUGGAGGUUGAGCGGAAUGAUGUCGCUUUCCUCCGGAGUGGUGAAUCUGCUCCACCCGGAUCCUCGUUGCUGGAUCCACUUGUUGCGGUGGAUUGUUACCCUCUAAUUUAAUUCAUUCCCAUCACCACUAACCUUGCUGUUGGAGUGACAGUUCCCACAAACACUCCAUUUAAAUUCAAAUUAUGUUGAAAGGCCGGGGGCAAAUGUGACAUUUUUUUUUUUUUUCCCUCCAUAGUUAAAUUGUUUUUUUUUUUUUUUUAUGUAAGAAGGACACUGGCCAAGGGCAACAAAAAUCAAUAAAAAAAAAAUGCCCACUGAAAUGCCAGUCCUGUAAAAGGGUCAAGGCAGUGGUCAAAAAUUGGUGGAUAAGUGUCUUGAAACCUCCCUCUUGAAGGAAUUCAAGUCAUAGGAAGGUGGAAAUACAGAGGCAGGCAGGUAGUUCCAUAGUUUACCAGAGAAAGGGAUGAAUGACUGAGAAUACUGGUUAACUCUUGCGUUAGAGAGGUGGACAGAAUAGGAGUGAGAGAAAGAAGAAAGUCUUGUGCAGCGAGGCCGCGGAAGGAGGGGAGGCAUGCAGUUAGCAAGAUCAGAAGAGCAGUUAGCAUGAAAAUAGCGGUAGAAGACAGCUAGAUAUGCAACAUUGCGGCGGUGAGAGAGAGGCUGAAGACAGUCAGAGGAGAGGAGUUGAUGAGACGAAAAGCUUUUGAUUCCACCCUGUCUAGAAGAGCAGUAUGAGUGGAAACUCUUACUGCUCAAUCAAGUGUGCAUGAUUUGGUUAGCCUUAGAUUUUAAUGAGUUAGGUAUUCUGUACACAGCAUUAAUACUGUGAUAACAUUUUGAACAGUAAGUAUUCUGUAGACAGCAUUAAUACUCUGAUAACAUUUUGAACAGUAAGUAUUCUGUAGACAGCAUUAAUACUCUGAUAACAUUUUGAACAGUAAGUAUUCUCUACACAGCAUUAAUACUCUGAUAACAUUUUGAACAGUAAGUAUUCUGUACACAGCAUUAAUACUCUGAUAACAUUUUGAACAGUAAGUAUUCUGUGCACAGCAUUAAUACUGUGAUAACAUUUUGAACAAGUAUACCGGGGAAAAACUGUGUUUGUGUCCUUGACGACCCAGUGAAGUGUGGGUGGGUGACCCAACUUUGGGCUGUGACCCAAGGGUUAAGAACCACUGACCCAAGGUGAUGCACUCUUCCAGGCACUUGCUGUGAGAGAGAGGGGAGACCUGUGCACUGCUGUGCUGCACUGUGCUUAGAUGUCCCUGGUACACUCCUGAGGCUGUACCAUUCUUGCCCCUAUUACCGGGCCAGCAUCCAGGCCGCUGCCCUGCCUGGCACUGACGGCUGUCUGGCCUCCCCGAGGGUCCCUGCAGGACUGGAGACGGCGUGUGCUGGUGGGAGUGGUGCUGCGGUGGAGGUUGUGAGGCCGGGCAGCAGCAUGAGCGGCCGGCGGCGGCGGCAACAGCGGCAGCAGCAGCAGCAACCAGCCUCAGGUGUGGGGAGGCACAGGUGUGGUGGCAAGAAUCACCUGGAGGCAGGCAGCUCUGUCCACAGAGGAGAGAGCAAGUUUGAGUGCCAGCAGUGUGACAAAACUUUUGUAUCCAGACAAGGCCUUGACUACCACACCCUGACACACCGUGGUGUUAGAAAUUAUGAGUGUGGUGAGUGUGGCAAGAAAUUUACCACAAAGUCUCACCUCACCAGACACACCCUGACACACAGUGGUGUUAGAAAUUAUGAGUGUGAUGAGUGUGGGAAGAAAUUUACCCACAAGUCUCACCUCACCAGACACACCCUGACACACAGUGGUGUUACAAAUUAUGAGUGUGGUGAGUGUGGGAAGAAAUUUACCCAAAAGUCUCACCUCACGAGACACACCCUGACACACAGUGGUGUUAGAAAUUAUGAGUGUGGUGAGUGUGGGAAGAAAUUUACCCACAAGUCUUCCCUCACCACACACACCCUGACACACAGUGGUGUUAGAAAUUAUGAGUGUGAUGAGUGUGGGAAAACCAUUUCUCAUCUCAAUCAACACGCCUUCAGACACACUGGGGUGAGGGAGUUCGAGUGUGAUGUUUGUGGCAAGUGUUUCAAGACAAAGGGUGAUAUUGCCAAGCACGUGAAGAUCCACUUCUGAGGUGGUGGUGUGUGGACACAUGGGGCCACACCUGUACCUGUGGUGGUGGUGGUGGUGGUAGUGGCCAUGCCUGUGUGUGCUGUGAGGGAGUCAUGGCCCCAGCAGUUUUGUGUGGUGGUGGUGGUGGUGGUGGUGUGGGGGAGUCAUUGCCCCAGCAGUUUUGUGUGGUGGUGGUGGUGGUGGUGGUGGUGGUGGUGGUGUGGGGGAGUCAUGGCCCCAGCAGUUUUGUGUGUUGGUGGUGGUGGUGGUGGUGUGGGGGUCAUGGCCCCAGCAGUUUUGUGUGGUGGUGGUGGUGGUCGUAGUGUGGGGGAGUCAUGGCCCCAGCAGUUUUGUGUGGUGGUGGUGGUGGUGGUGGUGGUGGUGCUGUGGGGGAGUCAUUGCCCCAGCAGUUUUGUGUGGUGGUGGUGGUGGUCGUGGUGUGGGGGAGUCAUGGCCCCAGCAGUUUUGUGUGGUGGUGGUGGUGGUGGUGGUGGUGGUGGUGUGGGGGAGUCAUUGCCCCAGCAGUUUUGUGUGGUGGUGGUGGUGGUGUGGGGGAGUCAUGGCCCCAGUAGUUUUGUGUGGUGGUGGUGGUGGUGGUGUGGAGGAGUCAUGGCCCCAGCAGUUUUGUGUGGUGGUGGUGGUGGUGGUGGUGUGGGGGAGUCAUGGCCCCAGCAGUUUUGUGUGGUGGUGGUGGUGGUGGUGGUGGUGGUGUGGGGGAGUCAUGGCCCCAGCAUUUGUUUUGUUGGCAGUGCAGGUGUGACUUUCAAUAAAUGUGUGUGUGCAGUAAACCUUUGUUUGUGUAUUCACCAGGUGUAGUAUACAGGGCCUCAGCUACAGGAAUAUAUUGUAGUGAGGCAGCCCCUCUCUCUCCUUGCCUCAAGUGUUUGUGUAUUCACCAGGUGUAGUAUACAGGGCCUCAGCUACAGGAAUAUAUUGUAGUGAGGCAGCCCCUCUCUCUCCUUGCCUCAAGUGUUUGUGUAUUCACCAGGUGUAGUAUACAGGGCCUCAGCUACAGGAAUAUAUUGUAGUGAGGCAGCCCCUCUCUCUCCUUGCCUCAAGUGUUUGUGUAUUCACCAGGUGUAGUAUACAGGGCCUCAGCUACAGGAAUAUAUUGUAGUGAGGCAGCCCCUCUCUCUCCUUGCCUCAAGUGUUGUGUUUCUGUUUCUUUUUGUCUCCCUUCACACGUUAGGUUAUGUUAAGUCUG